AUUGCCAAUGUCACUAACGUCAUCUUCGACCUGUGCGACGUCUGGGACGACCCGUAUUUUUUAAUUAAUCCUUAAAAUCAAAAAUAUCAUAAAGUGAUCCUUAUUCGGGAUCACAUGACACACUGGGCUUCUUAGAAGAACUGUCAACAAAAAUGAGUAAAAUUAUUUCUUCCACGGCUAAACUUCUAGCCGGUAAUACGGUUACGGUGGGUUGGGCCCCGGUCGCAACUACGACUACAGCUAAAUACAGUACGAAGAAAGAAGCCACUUUUGAGAUCAAGCCUUUCAAACUCCACAAGUUGGAUAAAGGCCCUGCAACGAAAGCAACUCUAACCAGUGAAGAUGCUCUCAAACUUUAUGAAAAUUUGGCAAUGCUCCGACGUAUUGAAACUGCGUCUGGAAACUUGUACAGGGAGAAAAUCAUCCGUGGUUUCUGUCACUUAUACUCAGGUCAAGAGGCAGUUGCUGUGGGCAUGCGCGCUGCUAUGCGUGAGGUUGACUCUGUGAUCACUGCGUAUCGUUGCCACGGUUGGACACAUCUCAUGGGUGCUAGCGUGCUUGGAGUACUCUCCGAGCUGACUGGCCGCAGGACUGGUUGCUCCAGAGGAAAAGGAGGUUCCAUGCAUUUGUAUGCUAAGAACUUCUACGGUGGCAACGGAAUUGUGGGGGCCCAAGUUCCAUUAGGCGCUGGGGUUGCAUUCGCGCACAAAUACAAAGGUGAUGGCGGAGUGAACUUCGCUCUAUAUGGUGAUGGAGCAGCCAACCAGGGCCAGCUGUUUGAAGCGUACAACAUGGCCAAACUGUGGGACUUGCCCUGUGUCUUUGUCUGUGAAAACAAUGGAUAUGGUAUGGGCACCAGUAUGGACCGUUCAUCAGCAAGCACAGACUAUUACUCUCGCGGCGACUACAUUCCUGGCAUCUGGGUCGAUGGUAUGGACGUGAUCGCGACCAGGGAAGCCACGCGAUUCUGCAUUGAAUACUGCACUAGUGGAAAGGGUCCAUUAGUAGUGGAGAUGGAGACAUAUCGUUACUCUGGCCACUCCAUGUCCGACCCUGGUACCUCGUACCGCACCCGUGACGAGAUCCAAGAGGUCCGUCAAACUAGGGACCCCAUCACAUCUUUCAAGGACAAGAUACUCAGCAACGAACUUGCCACCCCAGACCAACUUAAGGAUAUCGACUCGAAGGUGCGUGAAGUAGUCGACGAGGCCACCAAACAGGCGAAGACAGAAGCCGAGGUUGGCGUAGAAGAAUUGUCGGCCGACAUCUACGUCGAGUGCAUCGACCCCGUGAUCCGCGGCCUCCUGCCCAACGCGCCGCUGCAGCACAUCUCCGUCGCACAACGCAGUUAGACCACUAUCGACAAGGAAAUUAGGUCUGUUUUCCAAUAUAAUAUGCUCCACUACACCCAGUGAGAUUAACUAAUUUAAGGAUAAUAACGUUUCAAUUUUUGUAUAUAUAUUUUAAAAGCAAUUUUUAUUAGUGUAUGUAUAUGUUUUUAUUCAAAUCCUUCUUAGUGUCGUUUAUCAUACUUCUGUUUUUUAUCUAGUGGAACAUAUUGUAUGGGAUUAGGGUGUUUCAUAGUUUGACUGAAAAUGGACACUGAUACUAGAAACCAAAUAUUUUUAAACAAUUUCGAUUUAAAAUCGAGGUGGUCGUUUUUCACAUGUAAUAUCAUUAGCUAGUGGUGCUAUUAUUUUUAUAUUUUAAUUAAUACAGUAGACCACUGAAAUUAAUGCUUUAGCGUGUUUCUAGUGUAGUGUAAUUGCAUUUUCGUCAAUUGUUUAUGUGAAGGCCUCAUUUUAGUGGAAAAUGUAAUUUUAUAAAUAAAUAAAUAUAGAUUGGUACAUAUAUCGAAUUACAGAAACCGUCAAGGGAUACAUGGUCGCGUACUAAUUGAGUUUUGCGCAAUUGAAGACGUUAUUUUUUAUUGUUUAAUGUAAGAAUAUGCGAACGUAUUAUUUUAAAGUUCAUUUUGUUUAUUUAUUUAUAAGGGCCGAUGAUUUAUUAAAAAUAUAAAUUAA